AUGCUGUCCACAAACAAUGAUCCGUUUUAUCGUUUCAAAGCUAGCGUGGAGCAGCAGUUGACUGCGCUCGAGACAAGCUUACGACAGACGAGUCCCAACGGCUUUGGGCUUGAACUCGCUUCUCAUGAUGGCUCGCUAUCAGUCGACGGAUCUUCCAACUUUGAGGCUAGCAAGGCGAAACUGAAAGAGAAUCUGCGAGAGCUUUCCGAAACCGUUCGUGUUGUUCGAGGCAACCGCGAACGUUUCCCUAUAACGGACGCGGAGCUUGCCGAACGAGAGCACGCCAUUCAUGAACUCUGGCAGCGACUCGACGCUUUGGAGUUGUCAGGAAAACAACCUGCUGUAGUGGACUCUCUUUUCUCCGCGCGACCUGGGUCGCGCUCGCGUCAGCGAGACACGGAGCCGUUUGCGAGCACCGCGUCGACCGGACGACCCCUGGACUACGCAGCACAAAAGGCAGCGCACCGAAUUGAGCGCGAAAAUGAGGUAUUUUUGGAUCAAGAGCAAAAAGAGCAGCGAGUUUUGAUCGAACAACAGGAUCAGGACUUGGAAGAUAUGUUGUCUGUCGUGAAGAGGCUCGGCGAUAUGGGUCUGGCGAUCCGAAGUGAGGCUUUGCGGCACGUUGAACGCAUCGAUGCAGUCGAUUCGAGCAUGAGCGCAGUCCAGUCUCGCUUCAGGCAAGUACAGUCCCGCUUGGAGUCGCUUAUUCAGGAGACGGGACGGGAACGUUUAUGUUCCUUGCUGGGACUGUUUGCGGUAUUCGUUGUUCUGCUAUUGUUGGUACUCUAUACCUAG